GACAUUCUAGCUGCCAUGGCCGCCGCCUCCCGGGCCCGGGUCGCGCACUUGCUGAGGCAACUGCAGCGCGCAGCAUGCAAGUGUCCAGCACAUUCUCAUACUUACUCCCAAGCUCCUGGAUUUUCAUCUUCUGAGAAAACAACAGAUUAUGCCUUUGAGAUGGCUGUUUCCAAUAUUAGAUACGGAGCAGGAGUUACAAAAGAAGUAGGCAUGGAUCUGCAGAACAUGGGAGCUAAAAAUGUUUGCCUGAUGACAGACAAAAACCUCUCCCGGCUCCCUCCAGUACAAGUAGUUAUGGAUUCCUUAGUGAAGAAUGGCAUCAACUUUAAGGUUUAUGAGGAUGUGAGGGUGGAACCAACAGAUACAAGCUUCAAGGAUGCAAUUGAGUUUGCCAGAAAGGGAUCAUUUGAUGCCUAUGUCGCUGUGGGUGGUGGCUCCACCAUAGACACCUGCAAAGCUGCCAAUCUAUAUGCCUCCAGCCCUCACUCAGAGUUCCUUGAUUAUGUCAACGCCCCUAUUGGGAAAGGAAAGCCCGUGUCUGAGCCUCUUAAGCCUCUGAUUGCAGUUCCAACUACCUCAGGAACCGGGAGUGAAACUACUGGGGUUGCCAUUUUUGACUAUGAAUGCUUGAAAGUAAAAACUGGCAUUGCUUCACGAGCCAUCAAACCCACACUGGGACUCGUUGACCCUCUGCACACCCUCCACAUGCCCAGCCAGGUGGUCGCCAACAGUGGCUUCGAUGUGCUCUGCCACGCACUGGAGUCAUACACUGCCCUUCCCUACCACAUGCGGAGCCCCUGCCCUUCCAAUCCCAUCACACGGCCAGCGUACCAGGGCAGCAACCCAAUCAGUGACAUUUGGGCAGUCCACGCACUGAGAAUCGUUGCUAAGUACCUGAAAAGGGCUGUCAGAAAUCCUGAUGAUCUUGAAGCAAGGUCUAAUAUGCACUUGGCAAGCACUUUUGCUGGCAUUGGCUUUGGAAAUGCCGGUGUUCAUCUGUGCCAUGGAAUGUCCUACCCAAUUUCAGGUUUAGUGAAGACAUAUAAAGCAAAAGAUUACAAUGUGGAUCACCCACUGGUGCCCCAUGGCCUUUCUGUGGUUCUCACAUCCCCAGCAGUGUUCACGUUCACAGCCCAGAUGUUUCCAGAGCGGCACCUGGAGACAGCAGAAAUAUUGGGAGCGGACAUUCGCACUGCCAAGAUCCAAGAUGCUGGGCCUGUAUUGGCAGAUGCACUCCGGAAAUUCUUAUUUGAUUUAAAUGUUGAUGAUGGCCUCGCUGCCAUUGGUUACUCCAAGGCCGACAUCCCUGCAUUAGUGAAAGGAACGUUGCCCCAGGAAAGGGUCACCAAGCUUGCUCCCCGUCCCCAGUCAGAAGAGGAUCUAUCUGCUCUGUUUGAAGCAUCAAUGAAACUGUACUAGUUGCCAUUUUAAUUGAAAGAAUUGCCAGCAUCCACUGUAGUUCUGAGAACAGAAGUUGACCUGGCUAGAGAAUUGUCUUUUCAUCUCCACACAUAACUUACUUGCUACAGUUUGAAUGUAAUAGAUAUAAAUUUAUCCUAGGAGAUUCCCUGAUGUUCAAGCUAUUUCCAUAAAAUAAGCUAGACAAAUGCUCACUAUAUCAGACCCGUGGCCCAGACUUCAGGUGUUAGUGUUCUUGUGCCAACUCCACAGAAUACUCUGCCUCUAUUCCAUGUGUCAAAUGGGCAAAAACUCAGUAUUUUAAAAAUAUGUAAAUGUACUUAUGCUGUGCCCAGUAUGCCUAGAAAUUUAUCCUAUAGAAAGACUAGCACAAGAGGCAGGGUCUGUAGCUCAGUGGUAGAGCACUUGCCUAGUAUAUGUGAAGCACUGGGUUCAAUCCU